AUGUUGCGCAAUAUUUCCUCAAUGGCAACAAAUAACUUAUCAUCAUCUGUUGAUAACGAACAAGAAUUACUUAAUGAUCCACCGAAGUUACAUUCUUAUGUUUUGAAAAAAUUCGACGAUUUUAAUGAAACUAUGACUGAUGAUGAAAUUUUUUGUCAAAAAGACAUUGAAGCAACCGCCGAAAAAGCGCAAAGCCAUAUUAACUGUCUUAUUAAGAAAUUUUCCUCUGAUCUAUCGGUUAUUAAAGAAGAACUUGACAAGCGUUUAAAAACACUCCAAGAAGAGAAUAAAUCGGCAUGCGAAGAAAAUAUGCGAUUAUGUGAGGAGAAAUUCCACAUAUUUGAGGAAUUAUUCAGUCAAAAGAAAUACGAAGAGUUGUACAAGAAAUGUAAAGAAUUCGAAGUCAAUUUUGAAUAUCGUCUCACAACCAUACAGAAUGUUCCAAAGUUACAUUUGAAAGAUAUAAAAGCGUCUGAUUACUUUUCAUUUGGAUUGACACAACAAGUCCAAAGUCAAUCACUACCUGAAUCGACCAGCGUUCCUGAUACAAAAGCACUUUACAGAGUAGACAGUAAUGACGAUGAUAAGAGUGAUGAUAAUGUACAACAACCAUUAUUAACAAAUAAACAAAGGAUGAGAGAACAGAAAGCCGUUGAAAGUGUCAUAGUAGAUGAGAUAACGAACGGUAUGGAGGACGAAAAAGAUUCUGAUGAUCAUGAAACCGACAGUAAAAAUAAUAAUGGUACUUCGCUACCAUAUUUGUCGUUAGAUGAAAAAUCGGCUAUAUCAAAAGCGAACGACGUACAAACAGAACAAUAUCAAGGAACAACAACAACAUGGGCAUUUUACGAUCAAAACAAUAAUCGACGGAAUAUUAGUAGCCGAGGCAGACAACAACAGCAUAAUCGUGGUCGAGUAAAAAUGAAUUCUCCAGCAAAUAAUUGUUCAACAACGACCAUACUCUCACCUAAUCCUAAUAUCAGUAGACAGAGGAUUGAUAUGUCACGCCUUACACUUCGCAUUCCUUAUGAACAUCCUCGUGAUCAUUCAACAUUAAUCACUUGUAAUAAGAAUUAUAUUGUUUUAUUCACAAGACGAAACCAACGAACAAACGAUUGGUCGUUAAAAUCUCUUGAUGUCCAGAACAACUACAUACACAAUUUAAAAUGGAAUGAUGGAAUUAUUCUCGCUUUAGGACGAAUUGAUGAAGAUUUCUUUUACAUUUUUACCGAGUUAAGAUUUUUUAUCUAUAAUGUUCACAAGGAGUAUAUUGUUGAUCAACGAAUAUUGACUAAAUCGAAUGUGGAUGAACACGAUGAAAUAACAGCCGAAUCGAAUUACACUGCACGGAUUGGUUGUUUUGCUAAUAACUAUAUGUAUUACAUUUUCAAAAAUAAAUCACAACAUUAUCUUUUAGUUAGAUGUUUAGCAUCAACACUCAUGGUUGAUGGAAAAUUUGAUCUCACUCAACGUUAUCCAGAAGUCAUUUAUUUUCUGUACAUUUGUGUCGAAAAAACACUAAUCGCAUUCUUAUCGUUAAACAAUGAAAAAAAAUAUUCGGUGUUAUUCGCUGAUCAUGAAAUGAAAAAAAGAAAUGAAAUUGAACUAAUCGACGCUAUAGAACCAUUGACAAUUUCAACAGCUUGCAUCAAGAUAUUUACAAAAGACGAAACUUUAUGGCUUAUUAAUGAUCCGAAAGCAUGUUUAAUUCAUUGUAUCAAUAAUCAAGUAUAUUUAUUCAUCAUUUCAAGCGCUUGUUAUUCAAUAUGUACAUUUGGAUCAGAUUUAGUUAUAGCAACCAAUAAAGAUAUUCUAGCACUCAAUUUAAAUGAACACUAUGAAAAGCUGAAGAAUAUUCAACGAUAA